AUGGGUGGCACUCAUUCUCAGUCACAAUCUAAGUCUCAGUCUCAAUCUCAGUCUCAAUCUCAGUCUCAAGCUCAGUCUCAAUAUCAGUCUCAAGCUCAGUCUCAGUCCCAGUCCCAGUCUAAGCAUCACUCUCAGUCUCAGUCCCAGUCUAAGCAUCACUCUCAGUCUCAGAAAAGAUCAAAGCUACCUGUUAAGAGGAGGAGAGAGUCUGCCACAGUUGGUGGUGUAAACUUAAGUGGAGGCACAAACAUAGUGUCUUCAAUUAAUAUGAUGCAAUCAUCUUCUGGAAAUGGACCAGUCAUUGUGAAGGGAGGUGUCAACUACAUUACCCUUUCAAAUUUAAGAGCUGUUGCUGCUGCUCAGGGGACUUCAAAGCAAAAUGAGGCACAAAAAUCCAUUUGA